ACUCUCUGAAAUCUUGGGACAAUCUGCAUGCGCUCAACUUCAGCGCAGAUCUGUUUCAGCAGGGUUGAGUAAAGAGCAGAGAGACAGUGAAAAAAACAGGGUUUAAAUGAACAGAGAAGGGUUCAGAUAGACAACAAAAGUGGGCCAAGAGAAAAAGCCAGAAAAACUUUCAAAAGCAGGGGAGAUAAAAGUGUAGAGAAAGUCAGGGUGAGAGACAGGCGGAGAGUAAAGGAAUAUAUUCAGUUCUAAAAAAGAAUGGGCUUCCUGGUGAGCAGUGCAGCUGCUUUUUUCUUAACCUCCCUGCUUGCUCUGCUCUUUGGACUUUCUUUGGUCCUGGGUCAGGAUUUAAGAGAGAGGGAUGCACUAUGCAAUGAGGAAGGUUGCUUUGUGGUCUACUUCCAACGCAAGACUUUUCUAGACUCAUGGAGGGCCUGCAAGGACAAAGGUGGCAACCUAGCUACAAUUAAACGCAAGGAGGAAGCUGCCACUAUUUCCACUCUCUUCUCCACUCUGGACUUGCGCCACUCACGCACCGAAAUAAGGGUAUGGAUUGGCCUGCAGCGCCAGCCUCGCCAAUGUACCACCACACGCCCACUGCGGGGUUUCUCAUGGACUACUGGUGACCAGGACACAGAGUAUACCAACUGGCAAAAAGAGGACUCCCCUAAUAUGUGCUCAGCGCCACGCUGUGUGGUUAUGGGCUACAGCACUCAAGAGCAGAAUGAUAACUUCAAAUGGCUGGAUGGGUCCUGCUCAGUCUCUGUAGAUGGGUAUCUUUGCCAUUAUACCUACAUAGGAAUGUGUCCUGCCUUGUGGAAUGAAGGGGCAGGCAAUGCCCUCUACACCACACCAUUUAACCUUCUAAGCACACUGCUAACCCAUUUACCCUUUGGAUCUGUUGCUACUGUGCCCUGCUCCGCAGGCACCAAGGAGGAACAGUCAGUUUUGUGUAUGCUGAAGGAAGAUGGCUCAGUGGGGUGGUCAAGAGAUUCCCCUCUCUGCUCCGAUCCACCCGUAUCACACAACGGGUGUGACCAGAAUAAUGGCGGAUGUGAGCAUUUCUGCAGGCCGGCCGGUGUUAACUUCUACUGUGAAUGUGAUGAUGGGUAUCAACUAGGAGACAAUGGGCAGAAAUGUGAGCUGUCUGAUGUUUGUCAAGGGGCCCCCUGUGAGUUUGAGUGCCUGCCUCUCUCAGAUGGGUACCGAUGUGACUGCCCUGAAGGAUACAUGCUUGCACCAGAUGACUAUGGCUGUCUGGAUGUAGACGAGUGCCUCCAGAGUCCUUGUGAGCAGCUUUGUGUGAAUGCUCCAGGGACAUUUGAAUGUCGAUGUCGGGAGGGUUACCAUCCAGAUGAUGAGGGUGAGUGUGAGGAUAAAGAUGAGUGUAUAAAUGACCCAUGUGAACAUGCCUGUGAGAACACUCAAGGCUCUCAUAUUUGCCACUGCCAUCUGGGUUUUUCCCCAGUGCCUGAGGACCCUAGCCGAUGCCAAGACACAGACGAGUGCCAGAUCCCCGGAACCUGCGAGCAGAUGUGUGUGAAUUAUGAGGGUGGAUUUGAGUGCUACUGCGAGGAAGGCUAUGAACUCAUGUCUGAUCACUAUUCAUGUCGCAAGAGAGGGGAUAGUGAUGACCAAUCUGCUGUGACCCCUCCUUUUCCUGGACCUGUAUGGCACCCUGCAGACUACGAAUGGAACCAGCAGCAGAGCCACACUGACUGGCCUCCAGAGGAUGAGCAAUCUCCGGACACGCUGACUGACCGACCCAGAGUUUUGGAUUCUGAUGUAAUUUGGGUCACCAGUGCCCCUCAGGAGGAACACCGCUUUGAUUUACCACUGGUCCAUCCGACACAGCAGGCUGAGGAAGAUGGGGAAGACAUAGCCAAUGAAGGAGCUGACGGGGGGUGGGGGCAGAGAUCUGAGUCUGAGCUGGAAGCUUUGCCAACCACCAUCUACACCACACCUCCACCCACCACCAGCUCCAGCACUACCCAAGACUGGUAUGAAGAGGAUGACGAUAAUGAGGAGGAGACCACCACAGCUCUCCAUUUCCGUUCCACUUCUACAAUCUCUGAGGGAGCUUGGAAUUGGUGGGCGGGGUUUAUCACUUCCAGCCAGAAACCAGGAAAUCCAGAGGAUUUAGCCACAGACCCCAACAUGCCUACGGAUUACCUUAGGGUAAACUAUCAGCUCCCAGAGGAGGAGUUAGGGGAGGAGCAAAAGGACUAUGUGGCGAUCACACACCAAGACCCAACGGUUCCCACCCAGCUUACUCCUUACCAGCCACCCCUGGGCGAGGGCUUAGAGACCGAUGACAUCCUAGAUUCUGUCCAGAAAGACAGGGGGCAGAAGCAGAGCAGCAUCUGGCUCCUGGUGGGCAUCCUAGUGCCCAUAUGCAUCUUUGUUGUAGUAAUGGUGGCGCUGGGCAUCGUCUACUGCACCCGCUGUGCUGUUCAUUCACGCAACAAGAAUGCCACUGACUGCUACCACUGGAUCUCUGGGGCUCAUGAUAAACAGGGAGCUCCAAACCCCUCAGCAGGGGUCAAGACCCAUGUUUAAACAGAGAAGAGAGAACAUUAAACAGACUCUGCUUCAGAGCUGGAGCCAGAUCCUGCAAAGAGCCUUGGAAAUCAAUGUACUGUUGGCAAAAGCAUCGUAAAGCGAACUUUGCUAUGAUCUCCUUUCCAUGCUAAAUCCUCAGGCUCAGUUUUCAUCAAUAGCAUAUCACUGUAGAUAACUUACUGUCAACUAUGUUAAUGGGAUUUAUGUGCAUUGUUAGCUCACAUCAGCAGUGAGUGAAAGAAGACUGUAAGCAAAUACCCCUUCAGAGAAAAGACAUUCUACAGUCACAUUAUAAUGCUGGGAAAGCAGUCAUUUGAAAUCACUGUUGAAUGUUUGAUAAGAGACCAAACCUUUAUUUGUAUAUAGUGGUUCUUUUGUAUUUAUGUUUGUUUCAUACUUGUCACCAAUGAAAUGUAACAAUUGUAAUAUUUCAAAGACAUACCUUUUUAUGGACCCCAUAAACCUGGUGAUAUGCAGAGGAAUGUCUGUCUGCACAUGGGAAUGCUUUUCCCUACUCAGUCCAGUUUUAGAGCACUUCUCCUUUCCUUGUCUUUUUCUGAAAAGAGGUUAAAGUGCAGAUGUUCACACUACGGAGGGAAUGUUGUAGGGGCUGGUGAUUGACAUUAGCUUUGGCCUUGGUCAUGAUAUGGCCAUCAGUCACCCUUCAUAACCCUAAUCCAUUAGUACAGCCCAAGGUUUUAUGGCCGUUGGAUAUCAUCCAGCUGUGUGAGGCUGCAGGUCAGUGUGACACCUUGCAUGCAUGCAACUUCAGAUAUUUUACAAUUCAAAAAAGACGACAUAUCCCAAAGACUGCAGAAUCUAAAAUUGUAAAUAACAUAUGGAAAGAAAGCUACGUGGAUUUCUUUGGAGAAGUGCUCAUUGGAUGUUGAGAAUUUUACAGACCAAAGAAAAAACGAUUAAUGAAUGCAAGGCACUUACAAGUUAAAACAUCUUUAAUUUAAUGGAUAACUGACUCUUUAAAAUUUGGGAAAACCAAGUGCCAUUCCAAAUUUGUCUUUAUUUUUUUAAUAGACUGUGAAAUAUAAGGAACAUCAGAUGUCUAUUUUUCUGUUAUAUGUUAAGAAAUUGUGAAUUAAAAACAUUGACAAGG